AUGAGCAAUUACACAUCAAUUUUUGAAUAAUAAGAUGAUAACUAAUAUGACUAUCUUAGCAACUCAAAAGCCAAUACAGAUUUUUUUAACUCUCAAAUGAGCGAUUAGGAUUCUCUUCAUCAGGAUAAUCUAGAAAAUUAUUAUCCUAAGGGAUUUUUUGAUAAUUUCGAUUAGUCUAGCUAUCAAUAACUUCAGGCUGAGCAAGAAAAUGAAUUCAAAUUAAAUAAUAAUUUAAAUUCAUAAUCCGAGUAUCAACCAACCAAUGGAGUUGAAAUAAAUUAGACUACUAAUAAUAUUCAACCCACAACUAAUACUAGAAUGCCCAUUAAAUAAAAAGUACUUCUCAGAAAAUAAAAACUUUAAGAGCUAUAAAGAAAUGGUUAAAUAAACUAAUAAUAACAACAACAAAAACCUAUAAAAUAAUAAUAAUAAAUAGAGGAGGAUAUUCGCAAUCAAAAUUAAGAAAGCGCAAGUACUGAUAUAGAUAAAAUCAUGGACGAAGAAUUAGAAAAAGAGUCAAGCUCUCUCUCAGAAAAAAGCAAAAAAAGGAGCAAAAAGAUUACUAAAAAUAAAGAUAAGGAAUAAACUUAGCUAAAUCAAUUGCUAGAAAACGACGAAGAAUUUUAAAAUUUAGAUAAAAAAACUUAAUAAAAAAUAAAGAAUAGAAUGUCUGCUUAGAGGUCCAGAGAUGACAGGAAAAAAAAACUUUUGAGUCUUGAAGAUGAAAAUAAAAGUUUAAGCGAGCAAGUUAAAUCUUUAUAAAAAUAAAAUUAAGAAUUGAGUUCAUAAUUAGUAAAUAAUAUAUGUUCUAAAUGCAAAUCUCAAUGUAGUACAGAAGAUACUUAAAGUGAUUAUAUUGAUUAUAUUGAAGAUACUCCCUAUAUUGAAAGUAGAAGACAAAACAACUAAUACAAUAUUUUCGGCGCAAAUGCUGCUUUAAUAUUCUUAAUUUGCUUUGUUGCCAUUUCAGUUCAUAACACUAGCUUUGAUAAUACAGAAAGAAAUAUAAAUGUUAUGCUUUAAAGAUAUGAAGCUCCGUAAAUCGAUUCAUAUAUGGGAGAAUAAACUUGUGUUAAAAACCCCUCAAUUAUUUAAACUGAUUAAAAUAUGUUAAGUGUGUAUACAGGAAUAGACUAAGACCUCUUUUAAGAAUAAUAAAUUGUAAAUUCUAGAUUGAUCAGCGAAUUUGGUAAACCAGGUUCAAGCAUAGACACUUUGGAUCUAUUAUAAGAUAAAUAAAAUGAUGAAAUAAUAUGUCCAAAUUCUUAUAUACUUUUAUAUGGCAAAAACCCAGCUUAAAAGCAUAAUAUUAUAAAUCUAACUUUAACAAACUAAACAAAUUUCUAUUCAGCUUACGACGGUUAAUAUUAUCCACUCUAUUAAGAUAACUAAGGAAAUCAAAUAAAACUCACUUGUCUUAUACUUAAAUAUGAAUAAAUUUAAGGAACUUAAUCAAAUCUUUGA